AAUAGCAACCUAUAAACGCUAGUUUACGAUUCGGUGUCUAGUGAUUUGAUCAUCUAGAAAAAAGGGAUAAAAUAAAGAUGUAUGAAGAAGAAUCAAGUAGUGUCGGGGGUGUCAAAAGUACGUUCGAAGUAUAUAGAGCUGAAGGUGACAUGCUCUUCAAACAAGGCGAUUUAACUAAGGCUUUAGAUAGCUAUAAUUUGAGCGUCCCUUUACCGCGUAGUUUAUCGUUUUACCCGAAAAAAACGCCUAGAAAGAAGGAUCCGUUAAACGAUAGUGAUGAGGACGAAACGGAGAUGGUUCAGCAAGUUGCUACAUUCGAUGUAUUCUAUUCAGAGGCUCUCACCUAUCAGUCUAUUAUGGAAUAUAGAAAAGCAAUCGAUGCCUAUACCAAGGCCCUUGAAUUGAAACCGGGAGAAAAGCAUUGCUUGGUUUCCAGGUCUCAGUGCUAUCUGCAAUUAGGAGAGUCUGAGUUAGCUUUAGCGGAUGCUGAAGAAACUUUAAAAGAAGAUAAAGACUAUACUAAAGGACUCUACCAAAAAGCCGAGGCACUAUAUCAGAAAGGAGACUUUGAAUUCGCUUUAGUCUUCUAUCAUAGAGGUCAUAAACUUCGUCCAGAGUUGAAAGAAUUCCGUCUAGGUAUCCAAAAGACCGAAGAAGCUAUUGAUAAUAGUAUCGGAGAUAACUCGGGAGUUCAACUCAAAAGUGAUGGAGAUUUAAGCUAUUUCUAUAAACACGAAGAGCAACAGAAAGCGAAGAAAAAGCAGGCCGCUGCCGGAGGCUAUCAAAAACCUGGCGCCAAACCGAAAGAAAAGGAAAAAAGACCAAGAUCAACCGUUCCAACAGAUCCUAAAACAGUUAAACAACUAUUAGGGCAAUUAUACGAGGAUAAGCAAUUCUUAGAAAAAUUGUUAAGCGGAUUAGAUACGAGAACGGAAUUCUGGCAACAACAAAAGCCUAUGUAUUCGCACGAAAGAGACAUUCACCAAAGGAAAUUACUGAAAAAUAAGGGUGAAAAUAAAAUGAAAAGGGAGAUAAACAUCGAAGAUUAUAUAGUUAGAAAAAUGGAAGAUAUUGAUAAUGCUCAAACGGAAGGUAAUUUUAAAAAGAGUUUGGACAUAUCUAAAAAGGCUAAGAAAGAAGUUGAAAAAUACAAUGAACGCGACUUGAAUACGAGAAGUGCAAUCAUUGGAAACUUACAUUCCUGUAUGGGUAACUCCUAUUUAGAAUUGGGAGAUUACGGCAAAGCUUUAUCAGAGCAUACAUUAGAUUUAGAAAUUGCUAAACAAAAUGACGACGAAGAUGCUAAGUCGAGGGCUUUAGAUAAUUUGGGCAGAGUCUAUGCAAGAAAGGGAAGUUACGACAAAGCUAUUCAAGUAUGGGAAGAGAAGUUACCUAUGUCGAAAUCAGCGUUAGAGUCCACUUGGUUGUAUCAUGAAAUUGGUAGAUGUUAUUUGGAAGUUGGAAAAUACAGUGAGGCCAAAGAUUACGGUGAAAAGUCGUUAGCUGCUGCUGUAGAGGCUGAAGAUGAUAUCUGGCAAUUGAACGGAAGUGUUCUAGUUGCUCAGGCUGAAGUAAAGUUAAAUGACUAUCAAGCGGCCUUAGACUCUUUCGAAAGAGCCUUGGACAUGGCUAAAGCUCAAGAAGACCAUGCGGCAGAAAAGGCUAUUAAGAAAGCUAUAGAAGAUGUCAAUUCAAAAAUUGUUAAGGGUAUGAAAGAAAAGGGAGAAGAUGACGAAAAUGCCCCUACCGACGAUGAACAACAAGAUAAACCUGAAAAAUCAUCAACACCCGAAGCUGAAGUUGAACCUGAGCCGGAACCUGAGCCUAAAUCUGAACCUGAACCUGAACCUGAGCCUGAACCUGAACCUGAAGAAAAUAUCUCUAAAAAUAAAGACGAAGAAGAAAUUGAGGAGGAAGAGACAAGUAAGCAGGCUACUUCAAUACAAGAGCAACAAAAUAGUGACAAUAGCAGCCAUAAAUCUGAUAAAGAAGAUAAUAAUGCGGAAAGUAUUACAAAAACUAACGAUGACGAAAUAAAUAAAGAGGAAUCUAAAGAGAACGAUAAUGAUAAAGCUAAUGUAGACACUGUAGAUUCAGUUGAAGGCGAACAAAAAGAUGAAGUAAAAGAAAAGGAAGAGUCUAAUGAAGCAGAUAAUACUAAUACAAUAAAAAACGAUGACGAAGUAGAAGCAAAUAAAACAGAGGAAAAACCAAUUGAAGAAGAAGAUAAACAAGGAGAACCUACUAGUUCAGAACCAAUAGAAAGGUCAAAAACAAAAACCGUAGUAAUAUAA